AAACACUCAAAAAGGAACGUUUUAGAUUUCGACAACAACGAACACGAUCCAAAAAUUACAUCAAAAUAUUAUCAAAAUCUAAUAAGCCACGUGUGUUUUACGUAAGGAUACAUAUUGUUUCAGUUAUAUGACUAUUCCUUUAGGUAAACAUGGAAGGUCCGGGAAUGAGUUUGUUUCAAGGUGCUGCAAGUAUCCACAUAAACCACAGCGCUCAAGACAGACUUGAAGAACAAGAGGAGCUGGAGGAUCAGAAACGACGCAAUGAGGAGUUGAAACAUAAGCUAGAAAAUGCUUUUGAUGACUUACUGGAUGACGAUGAAGCCAGCUCAGUGAAUAGCAGUGGAAAUUUGACCCUGGACCCUGCUCAAACUAAUGGAGGUCAAAAACAAAUAAGGACAGGAAUGCCACCGACUUAUGUGGAGUCCCUCAAUCAUUUGAAAGAGCAGCACAAUGCACCAUCUCCAAAUCUAUACAGUGAGACUCCAAAGAACAAUCACAUGCCACAUAUCAGACACCAGGAAGAUGCUGUCAAGCUCCCUUAUAGCCCGUAUGGAGCUGGUGAUGGGCAAAACCAUUAUUAUCACCAGGAUUAUCGAGGCCAUCUCAACAAUAACUUUGAUACAAGACAGGAAUUUAUGAAUAAUGAACAACUCAAAGUAAUGUAUGAGAUGCGCGUGAAGGAGUGCCAGCAGCUGGCCGGGCAGAUAGAGAAGCUGGACUCGGAGAUAGAUGGGCUGCGGGCACGGCUCGCAGCCGCCGUCACCGACCGGGACAAAGCCGAACUCUCACUGCAGGAGGCUCAUCAUUUGCUUGCGUCAAGCAAGCACAAACUGAUCGAGCUGGAGCAGCAAGUGACGGCGCUGACGGAGAAGCUGGUGGAGAGUGACCAGGAUAAGGAGCAACUGAAGUUGGAACUCCGGUCCGCCAACAUCAGCCUCCAGGAUGUGCAGCAGAGGUUGCAUACGCUUCAGGUGUCACACACCCACGACACUGAUGCGCUGUUUAGAGAACAGCAAGACAGACACAGAGAAGAAGUUGACAGAUUACAAAAUGACUUGAUGAAAGUUAAAAACAGACUUGACGAAAAAGAAAAUGAAGCAAGGAUGCUAGAAAAAAGAUGUUUAGAAAAAGAUCGCGAGAAAGAAGAUAUUUUGAUAGAAAAGGGGGCCACAAUAAACAGACUGGCCAGUGAGCUCGAAGUGGCUCAGAGCAGGCUCGUGAGCGGUGAAAUCAACAAACUGAAGGAAAAGGUCUCGCAGCUGGCCACGGAGAGAAACGCCGCGCGAGAACAGGUCAAAGAACUUGGGUCUAAAUUGGAGAUUACUGCACACGAAUUGGUUCUAUGUCGAAACAAACUAGCAGCUAAUCAAAAAGAAUAUGAAAACUGGCGCACCACAUUAAAUCAAAUAUUAAUGGAAUCAUUACCAGAUAACACAUAUGUUGGUGAACCUCCGUCGCCAGGAAAACUAGCUACUCUAAAGGAGGUCCUAAGUCGUUAUAAACAACAAAUACAAAAACUACCGGUAUUACAAGAAGAGUUAUCUAAGAGGGACAAAAAGAUAGAGUCUCAUCGCAAACAAGAGUCUGAGCUGCGUGCUAGGUUGGAGGAACACAAAGGCAUAGAGAUGCAACUGAACUCGCGGCUAGCAGUGCUUCAGAACAAACUGGAUCUACUCGGGAACAACUCUGAUAGUGAACUGCUGGAGAGCUACAAGCAACAGAACGAACAAUUACAAGUCGAAAUAGAGAAAACCCGAGCGGAACUUAAAAGUCUGGAUCUCAAGUACACGGAACUGGAAAUGGAAUACGACAAGCUGAAGAACGAGCGAGGCAGCCGCGCCUCCAUCGUGCAGGAGGCCAACGCGGACCUGCUGCGGGAACUGGAGCGAUGCAGCGGACAGCUCAAAGACACGCUCAAAGAGAAUGGAGAACUCAAAACGUUGUACCUGCAGGCAUGCAGCUCAAGGGAUACAGUCUCAAGAGAAUUCAAAGAUUUACAAUGCAAAAUACAAAAAGAAAAAGACUUAUUCAAAACACAAGAAAGAGAAUAUGUCGAGAGACUUGAGAAAGAAAAGCAACAAGCAGAUAGGCUAAACUCAGAGCUGACCAAUGCAAGGGAAGAAUUAGAUAGAGCUAAUAAAAGAAUAUCCGAAUUGCAAAAGGAAUUUACAGAUAAGCAGAAAGAGUUUACUGAUAAACUUAAUAAAUAUCUUGCUGACGAAAAAAGCUCAAUGCGCAAAGAAAUGGAAGCAUGCGCACAAUGCGAAAAACAUGUGAAGCAAAUACGAUAUUUAGAAGACCAACUUAAUAAAUGUAGUGUUAAAUUAGCAACACAAGAAAGUAACGAAACACUAAUGAAGGAGCUGAAAGGCAAGGCGGAGUUUUUCCAGCAGUAUAUAAUGGAAAGGUUUCGCAAGUUGCACGAGCAGCGGUCAGUGGGCACUAACACGGAGCCCGAGGGAGCCUCGAGGCCUGCGUCCGGCGGCAGCGGCGGCGACACCCCGCCAGAGGGCGCCUCCAUCGAACAGCUAGUGCAGGACUGUGAUCAGGGUCUUGCAGCCAAGACUGCUCUAAUGAUGAAAGAAAAAGCAAUAAGGGACCAAAUAGCUGAAAAAUUCACUCUAGAAAUGAAAACUAUGGAAAUGAACUGUCUUAGAAAAGUUAAAGAAAUGGAAAAUGAACACCUUACCGCCAUAACUAAAUUAAAAGAAUUGUUAGAAAGGAAAGCACAGGAAGUAGAAACUUUAAAAGAAUUUAUACUCUCAGAGAGAGCUAAAAUAACACAAGUAUUGGAAUCCAAGGAGAAUGAAAUAUCUGUUUUAAUAAGAGAACAUAACGAGAUGCAAGCAGACUGUCAGAAAGCGAAAGAUAAUUUGGUAGACUGGAGACUAAAAGCGGAACGAUAUAAAGAAAGGUUGUCUCGCUUGUCCUCAUUGGAGGAUGCUCUUAAGAACGAGAGAGAAGACUGGAAACAAAAAACUUCGACUAGUGCUAAAGAAUUACAAGGAAUAAAAAAUAAGAUUGUAGAGUUACAAGCGAAGUUGGCGCAAGUGGAAGAGAAACAUGAACGUCUGCAGGCCGAGCACCAAAUUCUUCAAGACAAGUAUAAGAAUUGCAAGAAAACUGUUUAUACAUAUAAGGAUUACAUAGCGAAGAAAGACGCCCAUGUGAACAAUGAAAUGAAUCGUAUCCAAGACGAAUAUAGGAAGAUAUUUGUGAAGUUGCAGAACCAACUGAACUUCCACGUCAACUGUCGCGUACAGGAAGAGAGGAGUCAGGGCAAGCGAACACAAGCGCAACAGUACCAGCAAGUAGACUACACGGAGAAGAUGAAUAAACUGAACGAGGACUUCGCGAAGCUCGCACAGAAUCGGUUCAAAGAGCCGGACUCGAACCAAUGACCCGACGCCGGACGUCCGCGUCACGGUUUCUGUGACCUCCUGCCGUGAACCUCACGCCCCACAUAGGCUCAAUCACCUAGUGUGAGUGCUUCCCCAGAAUGCGUAGUUUUAUCAAUCAAACAUGAAAUAAAAUGCAAUGAUAUGGUAUAUCAUACGCCCCUUACGUCUAUGAUCACUAUUUUAAGCAGUGUCUGCGAGGCACUUUCUUUUGUUAUUGUAUAGACUGAUAUAUUCACUUGUCAUCAUCACAUUAUAUUUCAUGUCCAAUGAAAAUAAGUAUGACGUCAUUCUGAGGCAAGCAAAUCUUCCGGGGAAACACCCUGCCGCUGCUUCGUAAACGAGGAGUGUGCCUCCCAGAAGCGAGCUCACUUAGCUUAUAUUGCCAUGUUUUGUAUGUCGGGACCAAUGUGUACUUAAUUAUGUAGAAUCGUUUUACAACACUUACAAAUAUUUCAUAUUUAAGGUCUUUUUGUUUUUAUUGUUAUAUUGUCAACUUUACACAGCAGGAUUGCAAACGACGACAUAUUAAUAACAUAAUAUAAAAUUAAUUGUAUUACUUGAAAUAUUGUGACAAUAUUUUAUACUGUGCUUUUAAGACUGCAACAAUGUCCCAUUUAACACACUAGACUGACUAAAAACAUUGUUGAUGCUACAUCAACUAAAAUAUGCCUGUGAUAGUAAAGUACAGAAUAAUACUAAUAUAACGAACAGUAUUAAUAGUAAGAAGAAAUACGAAGAGCCUCCAUUCCUUUAUACACAUAUUUUUACAUUCCUUUGGAUUCCAUGUUCAUUUAUAUGCAUAACAGGUUUAAAAUAAAUGCGUCGAAUUUAUUUAUUAUUGCUCAAAUUUAUUGUUAUGAAACGUUAAUGUCAUUGCAUUUGUGUCGUAUUAAUUAAUUUUAAUGUAAAAUAUAAGUAUGUACUUUGAAUUAAGCUUUUAAUUAGCAGCAUAGCCGUAUCUGAGAAAAUUAUUAAUGAUGCUGUUGUAAAUAAA